AUGAGUCUGCCCAGAAUUGUCAUGGAGAAAGACACUGAGUCGCUGCAAAAGCUCGCUGUCAAGCUCCGCAAUGUCAUUGUGAACAUGUCAACUGCUGGAAUGCAGCCAGGCAGGGAGCUGUAUAUAGCGGUCACACAGAAGUUGCCACGUGGCAUGCUGUCACGCUACAUGGAUUGCCAUGACGACAACAGGAGCAAUGCCCAGGAGUUGUCACAAUGGCUGAUGAGACGGGUGAAUCAGUCGAGGCACGUUGAUGCACGCCUCUCAACUGGCGGUGAUCAGCAGCCAGCUCAAAGAGAGCAGCGCAAGCACAGGGUCUUGGUGUCGAACGCCAGUCAGGCAGCCGAGCCGACGGAGCCUGAACCAUCAAGAGCUGCCUAUGCUCAGCCCAGAACCGCAGCUUCUGACAGGAGGACGUGCCGGAAGUGUCGAGGCAGCCAUGCUCUUGCAGAUUGCUCCAACUUCCUGACCCUUGGCGUCCAGAAGAGAUGGGACCUGGCGAAGCUGGUGGGGCUAUGUUUGCGAUGCCUGCAGCCUGGUCAUUUUGCGAAGGAGUGCAAGAGCGCCGGAUGCAAGAAGUGCCCAGGUGGCCAUCACAGUCUGCUGCACUACGACAAGCAGAAGAAGGCCAGCCAACCUGAUGAGAAGACGCAGAAAGACUCCUGCAGCAGUGCCUGUACAACCAGUGCCGACCACACCAUAGCCUUCAUGACCAUUCAGACGACAGUCCACGGAAACAGUACGGCAGCACAAGCCACAGCACUGUUGGACUCGGGUUCGUCAGCCAGCCAUGUCACUGGGGGUCUUGUUCGAAGUCUCGGCAUCACGACAGAGAAGUGUCGCAUGGAGACGACGGUGCUCGGAGGCAGCUCUAUCGUCGGGGAAACGGAAAAGGCCAGCCUUGUUAUCGCCAGCCUGGACGGUUCCUACGAAGGCAAGCUGGAGGCAUGGGUGCUACCCACAAUCACUGCAGCCGUGCCACCCGUCGAGUGGGAGCAGCAGAAGGCGAGCUGGAGCCACCUGCAGAGCUUGCCACCGAUGGUGGAUCCCAGCACUGCCGUCGACUUGUUGAUCGGAUUAGACGCGGCAGAGAUGCAUGCGUCUCUUGAGGAGCGUGCGUGCCCCACGGAGGGAGGCCCGACAGCCCGGAAGACGCGCCUCGGUUGGGUACUGUUUGGCCCAAAUGCUGUCAACAAGUCUAGCAGUGGCAGCACUACUCUACUCGGCGUCUCUCAAAGCUCCGGAGCUGAGGAGGAGCUGGAUGAGCUAGUGAAGAAGUUCUGGAGUCUGGAGGCUGUGGGAAUGCAGCCACAUCCGCCUACGCCCGCAAUGACUCCAGACGAGAAGGCAGCGGACGACCUCACAGCGGCAACAUUGAGCCAUGACGGUGAGCGUUUCCAGAUCGGCAUCCCGUGUCACAGCGGUGGACCUGGACCAGAGGUUCGGAGCAAUUUCGAACUGGCAAAUGGCCGGCUGACCAGCCUCAUGCGGAUGCUGGAGAGGAAGCCAGACGUCAAGCUACGGUAUGCGGCAGUCUUGGAGGAUUAUCUUAGCAAAGGCUACAUCAGACUUCUGGAAGACGUGCCGUCUGUCAGCGCCAACCAGAACUACCUUCCGCACUUCGCCGUUGUUAGAGAAGACAAGGCAACUACCAAAGUGAGAAUCGUCUUCGACGGAGCGGCUAGAAACGGGACCCAUCCCAGCAUCAACGAGCUGAUGUACGCUGGGCCGAAGUUGCAGAAUAACAUGGUCCAUGUUCUGCUCCGGUUCUGCAAGGAUGCCGUGGCUCUUGCGGCAGACAUCUCGGAGAUGUUCUUGCAGGUCAGGCUGAGACCUGAAGACAGGUGCUAUCAUCGAUUUCUGUGGGAGAAGGACGGCAACCUCGUAGCGUUCGAGUUCCUGAGGCUCGUAUUCGGCAUCAAAGCCUCGCCAUACCUGGCAGGACGCGCACUGCUUGAAACAGCGAAUAGGUUUGCUGACACAACGUCCAAGGAAGCCGUGAGAAGUGUGGCAGACAACUUCUAUGUCGACGACCUCUUGAAGUCCUGCAAGUCUGACGAAAAGGCGAUUCAGUUGCGAGCUGAUAUGCAGGCGCUUCUGCUUCAAGGAGGAUUCCACAUUCGGAAGUGGAACAGCAGCUCGUCAGCCGUCAUCCAAACUGUUCCUGAAGCCGUACCUCGAUGCACAGAGCGAUAUGAUGCAGGUUGGUGGACGUCUGAGUACAGCCCAUCACCUUCCAACGAGCGUUCAGAGUCCAGUCAUUCUACCGUCAAAGCACCGCGUCACGCAGCUGAUCGUCAGUGA